AUGACUGAACCUGUUUUGCCGGCGCCAGAGACUGGUAAUGAUGCUUCGGCGGUGAAACCGUUAGCUCCUGGCUUCAGAUUUCAUCCAACAGAUGAAGAAAUAAUUAGCUAUUACUUGAAGAGGAAGUUUCAGGGCACACAGAUGCGUUUCGAUGCGAUUGGGGAAGUCAAUGUUUACAAUCACGAGCCCUCUGCGUUAGCAGAGCAUUCUAGGGUGAAGACAAAAGACCAAGAAUGGUUCUUUUUCUGUGCCUUGGAGAAGAAGCACAACAGCCCUACUGUUAUAAACCGAGCAACGAAGAAAGGCUACUGGAAGAAAACGGGAGUAGACAAGGAAAUCAAGAGAGGAAAGAAUAAUUUGAUUGGUGUGGUAAAGACCCUUGUGUUUUACACAGGACGUGCUCCUAAGGGUAACAGAACUAACUGGGUGAUCCAUGAGUAUCACCUCGUUGUAAAUAAACGUGAGGAAAUAGAUGAAGAUAAUAAUGAUGAGCCAUUGGCGAGAGAAUGUCUUCAACUUCCUCUCAUCCAAUACAAACGCAACCGCCAAAUCCACUCUUUUGGACGCCACAACAACUCAAGCCAGGCCACUCAUGACAAUUCUUCCUUCCCAUCAAAAACUGGCGACACUAUAUCUCCUGUUAAAGACACUAUGGAGGAUAAAAAACGAGAACCACUAGUUGCUACAAUGGUGCCUACAAGCUCCUCAACCGAGCUGAUCAACCAUCUUGAGAAAGAGAAACAGCAGAUGGGUGUGGAGAGAGAGACGUAUCAGCUCGACCUGAUGAGUGCAGAAGUGAUGGUAAACUUUCUUCAGGGUAAGAUUGAUGCGUUGCGUGCGGAGAACGAGGAGCUGAAGAAGACCAACACCAACAAUGGAUAA